AUCGCCAAAAGGCAGAGCCAACAGUUGGAGACCGUGGUGGUGAUCAAGACGAUGCUGGAACAACCUAGUCACGGAAAAACGAUUCGCUGGAAAAUAUACGUGCACGCAUCUGCCUCCUCGGCUCAACCCUGCCUGUGCCCAGGCCGAGCCAAAUCCCUCGGCCGCCGACCUCAACCCGCCCACCGCCGACCUCAACCCGCCCGCUGCCGCGGCCGCCUCCUGCCCGCCUCACCGCGCGCCGCCGCCCGCCUCCUGCCCGGCCCGCGCCGCCACCGCCUACCCGCCUCCCAUCUUGGUCCCCGAGCGCCCGACCCGGCCGUCGUUCGUCACCAGCACCUGCGGAUCCGGCCGCCCCUCGCCUUCCUCGUCGGCUGCACCUCCCAGCGCCGCCACCCCACCCCUGCCAAGCUCCACCGCUGGAGGAUCUCCGCCGCGUGGAUCCACAUCCCCACGUCCGGAACGGGUCCUCCUCGAGGAGCCGUGCAUCCUCUGCCUGCUCCAACGCUGCACACAUCCUCUGCUAGGUUGACUCCCACCGCCUACGACCGUCGCUGCCGUCAGAUCAGGGUUUGUAUUCUUUCCGGUGUAUGUUGGUCAUGCAUCGGAUGUCACUCGGUUUCUAGGAAUUUCAAGAUGGCAUCAAAGAAACCAACAAACAAGGAGAGAAAACUUAAACAAGAGAGAUGUAUGAGGAUGCCGGUGUCUCACCAAACAUGUAUUGUGUGAAGACACCCUUCGUCCGACCUAAUCUUGUCGAUCAUCCUCAGGUACACACAUACAUGUUCUUCCCUGCCGCCUCUUGGUUUAGUUCACAUGUCUUGAAUUACUUUGAUCCUUUUGGUAACAUCAAACUGGGUUGCAUAGAAGUAACUGCUAACUGGGUAUGACCUUUGUGAGGAAUCUAUAGCAGCACUUCAAAACUCCCAGGUUGUUUUCAUCAGCAAGUUUACAGCUGACCACAUGGUGUUACUCGAUAAUACAACACUGUACAAUGCACCUGAGAUUCCAAUGGAUACCUGUCGAAGCGAUGUGGUCAUCAGCAUGUAUGCUCUCAAUCUCCUGGUAGAGCAUUUUCCCUUAAAUGAUGCUACUGUCACAUGAUGCAUAUCAUUGUUUUGUUGGUUGGUAAUUUGACCUACACAACACUUGCUGAUAUUAU